AUGAGGGCGAUGCAUUUGGCAUGGAUAUCGUUUAUGGUUGCAUUCAUGGCAUGGUUCUCCAUCCCACCGGUAAUGGAUCAUAUUGCAGAAAACUUGAACAUCCCAUCAGCUGAGAUGUAUGACUCGAACAUGGCUGCUGUUGCUGUUACUAUUGUGGCACGUAUCGUUAUAGGCCCGAUGUGUGAGCGUUUUGGUCCUCGACGUGUAAUGGCAACCAUAUUGAUUGUUGGUGCUAUCCCUUGUGGGUUGACUGGGCUCUUGGCAAAUAGUGCUGGCCUAAUCGUUCUUAGAUGUGUCAUUGGCAUAUUGGGUGGAGCGUUUGUUCCAUGUCAAUUUUGGACCUCACAGAUGUUUGCUCCCUCUGUGGUUGGAACAGCUAAUGCCAUUUCAGCUGGUUGGGGCAAUAUGGGAGCCGGCAUAGCCUACUUGCUCAUUCCAGCUUGCUUCGGUGGCAUUGCCAAGCACGCGGGUGAUUCCAUUGCAUGGCGUGUUGUUUUCGUUAUCCCAGCUGGUAUCUGCAUCCUAGUGGCAUUUAUCGAUUACUUUUGCUCAACCGAUACUCCUCAUGGUGAUUGGCUAAAGUUGCGACGACAAGAGGCUCAAGAGAAGGAUGUUGUAUCUGUAAUGGAAGCAACCAACAGUGAAUGUGCUGACACGACAUUAGCGCCUGACUCUGAAAAGAAGUUUCCACCAUCAACAUCAUCAGCACAAGGAACCAAUGAUGAUGAUGAAUCAAUAUCCGAUGUCAAGCGCACCGAAUCCGGUAUGGAUGCACUUUUGGGUGUAUUCCGAGUCCUUAUCAAACCAAAUGUGUUGAUCAUGGUGGUAUUCUACAUUUGCUCUCUUGGCACCGAGUUGGCUAUUGAUAAUGUCGUUGGCCAAGUAUUUCGCACCAACUUUGGUCUUGAUCCAGCAACAUCGGCAUACAUUGGUUCAGUCUUUGGGUUGCUCAACUUGUUCUCUCGACUUGGUGGUGGGCUAUUUUCAGACUUUUGGGCACAUCGUUUCCAUCUCCCAGGACGUAUCAUGGCCCACUUUAUAAUCAUGCUCAUUGAAGGGAUCGCAUUGAUUGGAUUCAGCUUUGGAUUGGAUACAAACCUCGGUGGUGCUAUUGCAUUGAUGGUCUUUUUCAGUUUGUUUGUGCAAGCAGCAGCAGGGACUACCUUUGGAUUGGUACCCUUUGUUGAUCCAGUCAACAAUGGCAAGGUCAUGGGCAUCGUUGGUGCAGGUGGUAACCUUGGUGGUUUAAUAUUCAACCUCAUGUUUAGCAAGUUCCAACCCGACUUUCCUGGUGCCUUUUUAUGUUUAGGAUGCAUUACUACAGGGGUUGCCAUACUCGGAUGCGCAUUGUUACGUGUGCAGGGCAAGACAUUAUGGCACCUAUUUGGCAAUCGCCAUCAUUGA